AUGGUUUGCCCGGAGCACCUGGCGGACUUUGAAGGCAGACUGGGGAAAGAUCGGCACGUGCUGCAGCUGCUGCUGCAGAAAUUGGGCUUGGCGCCUCCUGAGGCGUCCUUUGAUGCCUUCCUCUAUCUCCAGGCGCCAGAGUUCCAGGUUUUGAGCUACAACCACAUUCGAGAGGCGACGACGAUGCUGGCUCUGCCAUUCGCUGGUUUGGCGGCGUUGCUGGUGGCUCUCAACUGGCUGCGUGGUUUGGCGGGUUCGCGGGGUUCGCGGAGCCACAAGCAAGGAGCCCGGCUCCUGCAGAUCUUCUUCACUCUGGCAUUGUGCUUGGUGGCGCUCCUGGUGAGCCGCCUGCGGGUGCUGGCCGCGCCCGCGCUGUGCCUGGCUGCAUCGCUAUGUGCAUCUCCUGAUCUGCUCGGUGGCCUGGGGCGGCCGGGAGUGGUGCUCGCCCACGGCAUCGGGCUGCUGCUUCUGUCGCCGUUGCAAGGUGGGGUGGUUUCCCGAGCUCAGCAGGUGAGUGCCAUCCAAGACGACCUGGACAUGCGCGAGCUUGUCGAGUGGGCGAAUGCCACACUGGGCAGGGAGGUGAUUCUGCUGGCCGACAUGACCAUGGCAGCGAAGCUGCGGAUGAUCUCUCCGCACUUGCGCGUGGGGAACCACCCGCAGUACGAGAGCCUGACUUCGCGGCAGCGGAAUCGGGACUACUACAGGACCUUUAGUUGUGCCAGCCCUGCCAGAGUCUUCAAGGCCGUCAACGCUCGGAUGACGCAGGAGGCGGAGCCAAUCGACGCUCACGUGCCCAAGCCAGUGCUGCCCAGCCGAUUCCACGUGACCUUUCAGGAGUACACGCGGGGCAUGCAUCCAUGGGGCAAGGGCGCAACAAAUGCCGGCGCUUUGCACUACGACUUCGAGAAGCUGCGAGCGCUGUGGCGCCACGGCAAGGGCCAAACAGACAACUGGUGCCAGUGCGCAGGCCUGAAGACAGACGAGCAGUGUGAUCUGCUGGCGCUUCCGGAGACGAAGACUCUGGUGGCUCUCUUCAGGACACUAUCGCCUGCUUCCUGCUGCACCAUCGGCAACUGGUCCCAGGGCUUCGGCCCCUUGCGCCCGGAUUGGCUGGUGCAAAGCAACGCCUCCCUGGUGGGCACAAGCAAUGAGGGCAAUCGGACCUGUUAUGAGUGGGCCUCAGAUCAUCCCGGCGAUUGGUUUACAAUGAUUUCAGAUAAUUGGGCCUUGGAUGCCCACGGCAUCCCCUGCACCUAUGAGGACAAGUUCAAGCGCGUCUUCAGGCUGUUGGGCCUGAAGCAUCAGUUAACCUUCGACCUGGCCUCUUACGACACUUCCCCGGAGCCGGACGAGAUGUUCGCGGUGCCGGCAGGAGUGGACUGCUCCAAGAAGUGUCCCAACAAAGAAGGCUGGUGCAAAGGCGGCUGA